GUUGCGUGUUGUUUGUUUGUGCCAGCUCACUGUUUAAUUGUGAAACAUUUGGGAAAGUACAGUGCUGUUGGGAUUAAAACCCUGUGUGAAAUUAUUAAGAAAGAUAAUUCUAUGAACCAGUUACAAUGUUAAACAGAGGUGGUCAUGGAAAGAUGCCUCACUCCUGGGGAUUAAUCUGUCUACUGGCAGCAUGCCAGCCCAAUACUGCAGAGGUGCCUACUCAAGAUCUUUCCUUGAUUGAUGAGGUGACUUCUGUUACUCUCCCUGUGCCGGUGGGAAUCAGUGGAACAGAGUUUGUGUGGGAGUGGACUCCACAUGAUGGCAGGUUUAAGAAGGUCCAGCUCGUAACAGCUAAGCGUUCAAAAAGUUCCCCUGGAGCCCAAUAUUCAUGGACAAAGACUUCAGAACACAAUAUUUAUUACACAAACUUUGACGAUGGGAGAAAUGGAACCUUGAUCAUCAAAUCUAAAUUUGAAAAUGCUGGCCAUUAUACUUUUAAACAAAUCCAACCAAACUCUACUGUUCUGGCGAUGUUUGAAGUCUUUGCUUUCAAAAGUGUUCCAUUUCGGUGGGAUUCCGUCCCUCCUGGAGUUGAUGUUACUCGGGUCUGCACCAUCUCAAGACUCCCUGAAUCAAGCAGACUUCAGUGGAAACUCAAUGGGAGCCUCAGUGCAGCCACCAAGUGUCACUACAACAACACCGCAGUCAUUAUCAUUCAAAAUGUGGAUGAACACAGCACAGGGAACUACAGCUGUGAUUUACUAAAAAAAGAAACAUAUCUGUAUGGUUUUUACAACAGGCUGACCCUUAAAACAUCUACAUUUUACAGCCGGUACACACUGUACCGGGAUGGUGCCAAUAGGAGUGAAGUCCAACUCAUCUGCCGAUCCUCAAACAGAAAUGAAAUGGCUCAAUGGACCUGGCACUCAGAGGCUUCUUCCCAAUCCAUUCACAUUGCUUCAGCUAAUAGAAAUGGACCUGUUGGCAUCUCUGAUAAAGUUGUCGGGCAGCGCAUCAGAUCCCCUGUGACAGUUUACGAUGGGUACUAUUUUCCCCUGCACAUCUCACCUGUAGUGUUUCAAGAUGCUGGAAUAUACACCUGUUAUACUGACAAUUAUGUCUCUGUGAGCAUAACCCUAAUCACCGUUCAGGUCUCAGUAGAGCCUCCCGGAGUCCUGGCUAUCGGUGAUGAGGCUACCCUCACUUGCACUGUCUCUGGAUUCCGUGAACGCAUUCGUCUGGUGUGGCUGAGGGAUGACGAUGGGACUGUGGUGACAGUUAAAGAGGAGACCCUGUCUGCCUCAGCCUCUAACAGGAGCCUGGCCCUGUUCAUACCCAGAGUCGGCACGGAGCAGCUGAAGUGGGCGUGUGUCGUGUUCCAGGAGAGCCUGCCCAGUGCCUACUUCCCAAUAGAGAUCAACGCUAAAGAAGAGUUCACUGACCCCGGUUUUGUCAUAGGUGUCAGUAUUGGUUGUGUGGCUGUCUUGUUUGUGCUUUGCUUCAUUGCAGCGUUGGUGUUUUACUGCAACAGGAAAAGAGCUGCAGUUCAAACCCAGGAGCCAGUGAAAGAGAAGCCUGAUGACUCUGCUGCUGUCUACUCCAAUAUCACUGAACUCCAGGCAAUGACAGGUAACACAGAGGUCAAGGAAACACAGAGACCAGACCCCCGAGAAGACGAGGACAAAUCUGAACUUCAUUACGUGACGUUUACAUUUGAAGAAGGAAUGGCAGAUUUGAACAGCGGUGAGAUGGACUGCAGUUUCCCUGCAGCAAGCAAUCAGGUAGCAGCAAGCAAUGAAGUCGUCUACUCAAGCAUCAAGACAGCAAGGCAUUGACAGGCAGGCCAGUCAAGGCCAGUUUCUCGGGACAGAGUCUGAGAAGGGCUGUGAAACACUGGGGUUUUCUCCAAGAUGAGGCUUAUUCUGCAUGUACCUUCUAUGUCAUUUUUUUUUUUAAAAAAGGCAUUCUUUUUAUUUUUGAUGAUGUUUUGUUUGUGCUAUCUUGGCUGCAGAGUGAUUUUGAGUGAUCACUGAAAGGUGCAUUGUAGGUAUUGCACUGCAGAGAUGCUAUGCUCUAGAAGUGCUUGUGUGUAGGGUGCAUACUACUGUAACAGGUCUCUGUGCCGCACAGCAGGGUUUCUUUAAAAACAAUAAACAUAAUCUGCAACAACGUUA